AGUUGACUGAGCUGUCGGACAUGCUGGUCUCGGCGCCGGCGCUGAGUGGCAGCACGCUGAACGCCGCGGCAAUGGAGUUUGUUCCAGGCGGAGGUCCAGUCCUCGGUGCUGCCGGGUUUGUCGCAAUGUCGGACUCCGAGGCGCGCGGCCAGCUCAGCGCCACCGCGCAGGCCUUCGAGCCCACGGGCCAGGUCCCGACCGAUGCCCAGGUGGACCAGGCAGCUCACGGCUUCGGCGCUCCCGCGGAUAUGCGCCCGGUGGCGAAGGCUGGGAGGGCCACCUCGAGGCGGCCGGCGGCGGCAGCGGCGAGGGCUGGGACGGCCAAGUCGCCAUGGCGAGCGGCCAGGAGGGUUGGGAGGGCGCUCACGCGCUGCCCGGCGGCGACCAGGCAUGGGACAGCCACACUGCUGCGGUUGACAGCGGCUGCGGCGGGGAAGGCUGGGCUCAGCAGGCC